AUGCUCUCCGGGCGCGACUCUGUCCAGAUGGAUCCGUCCAAGUGGCGGAUAUCCAAGGCAUGCCAGGAGUGCCGCGCCAGAAAGAUCCGCUGCAACGGCGGUGAGCCCUGCCAGCGGUGCAAGAUCCGCAGCGUCGAAGAGCUCGCCGCGGCGUGCAGUCUCCCGAGAGCCGCAUCAGCCUCUCAUCUCUGCCUCAGGGCCGGCACUGGUUGGGGAUGGCGUGCCUUCAGAGGGAACGGCUUCCCGGAGCAUUCAGAACCACAGCGUGGCAGCUACUCACCGCGCAUCUCCGUCCAUGUCCCUAUUGAGGGCACGCGGCCGACGUCGGGACCCCAGAAAGAGGUCGAGGAGAUGGGGCCGGGCCUGGACCUGUUCAACAUCAGGAGGCUUUACUUUGGCGACCUGGCCGACAGUGGGGAGUCGGCGCACAUGACGAGCUACACCGCGGCCAUGUUUCUUGAUGGUGCACUUGCGAGCCGCCUCAUUGAGAGGUAUCUGGCGACUUACUGGCACAUCCUGCCCAUCAGGUCCAAGGACGAGUACCGCCGUCAGCUCGUGCAGCUCUACAGCUCAGCUGAAAUGUUCUCUUUCGAAAAUCCAGACACGAUCAUCGUCCUGCUGGCUAUGGCUAUUGGUGCCUCGAUGCUCGAAGAGGAGCACGUCGCCCAGUCCUUGUUCCAGAAGGUGAAGCGCUGGUCGGCAAAGCUCGACGAGAUGGUCAACGUCCAGGCCGUCCAGAUCGCACUGCUUAUGAUGAGUUCUUACCCGCCCUGUUUCCUUGUGCAUGUCGGUAUCAACUAA